AUGGAUAUAGACGAGUUUAACGAACGGAUACUGAAUCAAAUUUCAGAAAAGGCAUGGAAAACCAGACUCACAGCAUAUGAAGAACUAUUGGCUGCGUUUACUAGGGCUUCUGAUGAUAACGAUUUAUGUUUUCAGCCUUGGAUUCAAGAUCCUAGUUUAUGGAAGCGUGGGCUCUGCGAGAGUAAUGUUCCUACUCAAGAAUGCGCUGUAAAAGUUCUUUAUGCUUUUUUAGAUAAAUCGCGGAGGAAGGGUGUCUCCAGUUCUAAAAAUAUUGUUAUCCCUUCAUUACUUGAAAAAUGUCUUCCUUCAGCAAGACCUUCUAUUAGAGACCUUACUCAUCAGGCACUUCUACUUUUGGCUAGCGCUGGCGCUAUAGAUACCGUUGUUGAUGGCCUUCUGAGUAGUUGUCAAGUGAAACACCCAAAACAAGCCAUGGCCUCUAUUAAAGAACUAUGUCUAUUUAUUGAGAAAUACGGUAUACCUACCAUUCCUCUUUCUCCUUUAUACAAGCUUCUUCCUGGUUUAUUCGCUCAAUCAGAUAAAAAUGUGCGUCAAGAAGCUUCCAAGCUUGCCGUUCAGGUUUACCGCUGGGUCGGCGAUUCACUUAAAACCAACCUGUUUCCCCAGCUAAAACCAAUUCAAAUAUCUGACCUUGAGUCUCUCUUUCGUUCAGCACCUCCUUUAGUUACGAAAAGCUCGGUAUCGGCUAUCAAUUGUUCACCCGUUUCCCCCGUUGCAAAAUCUCCUGUUUCAAUUGAAAAUCGCUCGCUGGAACAGAAACCAUCUUCACGCAAUGUUAGCCAAAAACAGACCAACACCUCCGGCAAUUCCCGUCCAAUGAAAUCAUCCUUGAGCAUUCCUCAUCCAUCUCAAUCUUCUCCUUCUCCUAUAAAGUCAUCAACUUUUGACGUUCCGAUUGACGUUCUUUCUAAAUUAACUCCAGAACUCUAUAAUGCCUUGUCUUCGCCCAAGUGGAAGGACCGCAAAGAAGCUCUUGAUAGCAUUCACGAAGUAUGUAAAUACCCCUGCUAUGAAGAAGGAGAUUACGAUGAACUAUUCCGUGUAAUUGCUAAAUCAUUGAAAGACGCCAACGUGGUUGUCGUUGGUACCUCUGCGCAGUUGUUGAUAGCUGUCUCAAAGGCGCUGAAGAAAAAUGAAGUUCCUUAUGUACCUAUUGUAUUUAUACCAUUAUUCGAAAGGUUUAAAGAGAGGAAACCUUCCUUGGUAAAUGUUCUUUUUGACGCAGCAAAUGCUAUGUUUGAAGCUUGUGGUCUAAAUGAGCUUGUUGAUCAAGCCUUAGAAUUUUUAGGACACAAAAACCCUCAAGUUAAGACAGAAACACUGCGUUGGCUAAACCAUUGUCUUCAACAUACAGAGUCAUGCCCUCCGAGGGUUUCUCUGGAAGCAUUAUGUAAUCGUUGUUUAGUUCUAGUUAAUGAUACGUUUGAACCUGUUCGAACGGCAACAACGGAGGUGUUAGCUACUCUCAUGCAAAUGUUUGGUCAAACAAUCUUAUCCAAGUAUAUUGUCGGACUUGAUCCAAAGAGGUUGCAGAAGGUAAAUGAGCUUUCAGAAAACAUUCAGGUACAAGCACAUCCAAAUCAACCCCCUAGACCAAAACUUCCCAGAGUAGCUUCUCCUUUGAAGCCAUCUCCUGUCAAACCAAUUUUAUCUCCUAGCUUUACGUCUUCACCUUUGGCUUCUGUACAGACAAGUGUACCUGAAGAACCUCCUUCUCUUAAGUCCUCCCCUGUCAAAUCACUAUCUUCCAGUCUCCGCUCGCAAGCUAUGAAUCAUAGAAUGACCAACUCGGCUUUGAAACCAGCCCCUAAGUCGGCGUCUAUUGGUGUUACCAAGCAGACAAACGAAGUUUUGACCCCGACAUUGACUAAAAAGGUAGAAACGAACCGCUUGUCCACGAAGACUCACCCAAGUCUACUUAUGAAGUCCACAUUAAAAGAGCAUGUCUCUCCAGCAAGUAAACAAGCCGGUGUAAGUACCUCUAAUUUGGUGACCAUUACGUUGUCCGAAAAGAUUGAGUUGGAUCUUUUAAGAGAAGAGAAAGCUAUCCGACAAGUACAGCAGACAGAGGAUGCUUUGGAAAGAGAACGGUUAUUCCGGGAAAUUAAUGAUCUUCAAAUUAUAAACGCAGAAUUACGAGAACAGCUUGAUAACUGCCAAGGGAUGAUCAGUCAGAAAGAGUCGAAACUUUUCUCUUUGCAAGAAGAGGUGAACCGACUAAGUAAUCGAUUACAGGAGGUCUUGUUGGAGUUAGAGCAGCGACAAGACAAUGUGGAUGAAAAUUCCAUGGACAUUGAUUCCAAGGAAAUGGAAAGUACAGUAAAAAAAGAAGACGGGACGGAUUCUUCAUAUACUAUGAAAAGUCCAAUUAGAAACCCAGAAGAACCUUUAAGAAAUAUUCGGCGAUCAACACUGCUUCCAGCACGACGGUCUCUUGCAGGAUCAAUGCUACAAAAACCGGCAGCUUUUUCACGCCCAUCUUUUUUUUUCCAAUAG